UUUGUGUGGCUUUUACGUGGACCUGGCAAGAACUCUUUUCUUGUUCUCGGCAAUUUUUUGUGGUCUUCUUCCCAUCCAUUACCUGCAACCACAUAAUCCAUUCAAGAAACCUGCCAAAUUUCUUGAUUAUCCCGCAAAAACCCAACAAAAAUUUUGAAUAAAGAUGCAGAUAAGUUUCUCAUUCCAUUCGUGUUACCGUAAUUUACUGUCCCAUAUCUUUUGUUGAGCAGAGAAGCCAGGAAACUUUGCUUGUAGCUGAAUAAAGGGAAUUUGAAGCUAAUUAUUAGACAUUGAAAUAAAUUGAGCUGGGAUACCGUAGAAGUUAGCUUGAAUUGUCUGUUGUUGAAUAUCAAGGUUUGGUAGUUUGAGAUCUUGGGAUUUAGCAUGGGGAAACAGAGUGGAAAGAAUAAGAAAUCUCAUGGAGAUAAAUCGGGUGAAUCGAAUUUCAGGCAUGCUAAGGCGAAUGAGAAUGGCGGAAGAACUUAUGACAAGGACACAGCCGUAUUCAUUUUGAUGUCGCAGGAGUUGAAGGAUGAAGGAAAUAGGUUAUUUCAGAAGAGGGACUAUGAAGGUGCCAUGUUGAAGUAUGAGAAAGCCAUAAAGUUGCUUCCGAGGAACCACAUAGAUGUAUCCUAUCUUAGGAGUAAUAUGGCUGCAUGCCAUAUGCAGUUGGGUAUUAGUGAGUAUCCGAGGGCGAUCCAUGAGUGCAAUUUGGCUCUUGAAGUCACGCCGAAGUACAGUAAGGCACUAUUGAAGAGAGCUAGGUGUUAUGAAGCAUUGAACAGGCUAGAUUUGGCACUGAGAGAUGUUGGCACAGUGCUGAAGAUUGAACCGAACAAUCUCAUGGCAAUUGAAAUUGCAGAAAGGGUGAAAAAAACAAUCGAGAGACAGGGUUCAAGGGAAAAUGAAAUUCCUAUGGAUUUGGUGCCGUUACCUGAGUAUUUGGAGCCACCUCCUUUACCUCAACCCAAAGUACCGAAAGAGAAAGCACGGAAAAAGAAAAGCAACAAUGUAGAGGAGAAGAGAGUUGAUGGGAAGGCUGAGGAAAGUAAGGACGAGAAAGGAAGAGAUGAGAAGGAAAGUAAGGACGAGAAAGAAAGAGAUGAGAAGGAAAGAAAGGACGAGAAAGAAAGACAUGAGAAGGAACGAAAGGACGAGAAAAAAAGAGAUGAGAAGGAACGUAAGGAGGAGAAAAAAAGAGAUGACAAGGAACAUAAGGGCGAGAAAAGAAAAAAUGAGAAGGAAAAUAAGGAUGAGAAAGGAAGAGCUGAGAAGGAAGUUAAAAGAAAAACUGGAGGAGAAAAACCUGAUCUUCAUGUUGUAAUGAGGAAAACUGAGGAUGAGGUAGAGGAAAAGAAAACCGAGGACAAGUUGGUCGUGGAGGAAGAAAAGUUAAGUAAUAGCACAGAGGAAGAGCCUAAACGAACAGUGAAAUUAGUAUUUGGAGAAGACAUAAGAUGGGCUAAGAUUCCUUUCAACUGCAACUUUAUGAAACUUAGGGAAAUUAUUUCUGAACGGUUUCCCACCUCUAAGGCUGUUCUGGUUAAGUAUAGGGAUCAAGAAGGUGAUUUGGUUACCAUCACCAAUACAGAAGAACUGAGGAUGGCUGAAGCAUCUGCAGAGCAUUGUUCUGUGAAGCUGUAUGUCGUUGAAGUUAAGCCAGAUCAAGAUACUCUAUUUAAAAAGGUUAGAAAGGGUGAAGUAGAAGACAAUCUUAAGAUGAGAAAUAUUACUCAAAAUGGACAAAUAGGAAAAAGAAAGGAAGUACCCAGUGAGUCAGCUUGUAUAAGUGAUUGGAUCAUUCAGUUUGCGCAAUUCUUCAAGAAUUAUGUUGGAUUUGAUGUUGAUGCUUAUAUUGAUCUCCAUGAGAUUGGAAUGAAGCUCUAUUCAGAUGCUAUGGAAGACACAGUCACUAGUGAAGAGGCUCAAGUCCUUUUCAGCUCUGCCGCAGAGAAAUUCCAGGAGAUGGCAGCUCUAGCCUUGUUCAACUGUGGAAAUGUUUAUAUGUCCAGGGCAAGAAAGAGGUUAUAUUUUACAGAAGAUUCUUCCAGAGAAUCUGUGUUCAGACAGGUCAAGUCUUCAUAUGAUUGGGCGCAGACGGAGUAUACUAAAGCGGGAAAAAAAUAUGAGGAAGCUCUAAAAAUUAAACCAGAUUUCUAUGAAGCUGUUCUUGCUCUUGGGCAGCAACAGUUUGAGCAGGCAAAACUCUCUUGGUAUUAUGCAAUUGGCAAUGAUGUCGAUCUGGAAUCAUGGCCUUCAACAGAAGUCCUUGAGCUUUACAACAAGGCUGAGGAAAACAUGGAAAAGGGAAUGCAGAUGUGGGAGGAUGCAGAGGAAAAACGUGUAAUUGAGUUUUCCCAACCAAAUAAAAUUGAACCUCUGUUGCAGAAAAUGAAACUGGACAAGUUGUUGAAACAUGUGUCAGCAGAUGAAGCCGCAGAGCAGGCUGCAAACAUUCGGUCUCAGAUACAUGUAUUAUGGGGCACCAUUCUAUAUGAAAGAUCGAUUAUGGAGUUCAAACUAGGACUUCCUGUGUGGCACGAGUGUCUUGAGGUUGCUAUUGAAAAAUUUGAACUUGCUGGUGCUUCUUCUACCGAUAUUGCUGUUAUGAUAAAGAAUCAUUGUUCCAAUGACACGGCACUAGAAGGUGUAGGAUUCAACAUUGACGAAAUAGUACAGGCAUGGAAUGAAAUGUAUGAAGCAAAAAAGUGGCAGAGCAGCGUUCCCUCAUUCCGAUUAGAGCCACUACUUCGGCGACGAGUUUCAAAACUCUAUCAUGUCCUGGAACAUGCAUAGGUGCUCCUGUUGAUGUAGCAUAGAGGAAAUACCCAGAAGAGCUUUCUGGUUACCAAGAAUUUUUGCCUUUUGUGUUUGUGGAUUCCAACGCUGCAUCAACUUGUGCUUCAACUAUUGCUCUACCCUGUCUAAACAUACAAGGUCCAUGUGCUGGUGUGGUAGCUCGUCAUGUAAUUAUAGCACGAAAAAUAAUCAACGGUAUUAGCACUACAGCUCUGGGGAACAAGUUGGAACAGCAGAAAAUCAGAUAUGUUUUUUCUUCGUUUCUGCCCCAUUCUUAUCGCCUCCCCCUUGCUCUCCCGGUGAGAACUGAAAGAGAUUGUUGUUGUACUAUCUGCUUACAGGUUUUGGUUGCAUGUUCGCCUUUUUGCAUCUAGGAUUUCUUCUGCAUAGCGAUUAGUCUUUCAAGUAAUUUGGUUUUAUUUGUCGGUUCGGACUCGUUUGUAGUCAUUUCUGAUGAAGGAUUUAGUUCUAAGUUAAUAGAUACGAAGGUAUUCAUUCAUUUCUUGUGCUAUGGAACUACAAGUAACCUUUGUUUCGAUCGAUCAAUGGAAAUUUUUAAUGGUGAAUUUCGGCUA